UGCUGCUCUCUCUCAUCAAAGCAUAACUCUCUCGGACGUACUGAAAUUUCUUUGGACAUCCAACCAAAGUUCCUCAUGCCUGGUUUUCAGGAUGUCACCUGUGCAUGAAUCUAUUUGUCCAUCCCCAUGAAGCAACUUUUGAGCCUUUAGUUCAAAUGAAACAGUGACAGAGGCUUUGAACACAAUUUCCUAAUUUUUUUUCCCAGUAUAUGUGAUCAGGAGAAAGACCUAAAUUAACGCGUUCUCUAAGAAGAUGUGUUGAGUGUUUUCUUCAUCAGCAGUUACCUGGUCACUCAGCGCACUGCAGCACCCACAGUGCCCUUUCUUGUCUGGUGGGAAUGUCAUGGGAAUACUGUUGUUGGUUUUGGGGGAAGCAAGGAAUUAAAGGACUUAUCUUUAGUGGGAAAAGGAUGUGUUCUGCUAGUUGUGAAAUGUCGUGAUUGUUUCUGAAAUUAGUUUUCCUCUCUUACCCAAGCUUAGACAGAUUUGACCAUGAAGGUAGGAGUGAUUGAGACCCAUCACUCCCAUACAGUUAUUCCCAGUGUGGUAGUGCAAGACACCAGUGAGGACCCUGGACUGAUGGACAAAGGGGAAAACAGGUAUGUUGGAUUUCGACAUCUACCUGGUGCAUUUGCGCACUACAACAUCAACAACAAUAGUAAUAAAGAUGAAGAGAAGAAAAAGAAAAAAGAAAAGAAGAGCAAGUCAGAAAAUAAAAAGGAUGGUGAAACACAGAAGAACAAGGAAAAGAAGGAAAAAAACAAAAAUAAAGAUAAGUCCAAGAAGAAGGAAAAGAAUGAAGAGAAGAAGAAAGAUAUUUUCGUUAUUGAUCCAGCAGGAAAUAUGUAUUACAACUGGUUGUUUUGCAUCACAAUGCCCGUCAUGUACAACUGGACGAUGAUUAUUGCUAGAGCCUGUUUUGAUGAGCUUCAGAAUGACUACUUAGUGGUAUGGUUUAUUGUUGAUUAUAUUUCUGACAUCAUCUAUAUUGCUGACAUGUUUGUACGGACAAGAACAGGUUACCUGGAGCAAGGUCUUCUGGUGAAAGAAGAACAAAAGCUUAGAGAGAAAUAUAAGAGUUCCUUACAAUUCAAAUUAGAUUUUCUGUCAAUCAUACCAACUGACCUCUUAUACUUUAAGGUAGGACUGAAUUACCCAGAACUAAGAAUAAAUCGACUACUUAGAGUAGCUCGGAUGUUUGAAUUCUUCCAGAGAACAGAAACAAGGACAAACUACCCAAAUAUCUUCAGGAUCUCUAACCUUGUCAUGUACAUCGUGAUUAUUAUUCACUGGAAUGCCUGUGUGUACUACUCGAUCUCAAAGGCUAUUGGAUUUGGGGCUGACACGUGGGUCUACCCCAACACUUCCCAUCCUGAAUUUGCCCGUCUGGUUAGAAAGUACGUCUAUAGUCUCUACUGGUCAACACUGACCCUGACUACUAUUGGUGAAACGCCCCCUCCUGUAAGGGAUUCUGAGUAUUUCUUCGUGGUUGUUGACUUCUUGGUUGGAGUAUUGAUUUUUGCUACCAUUGUUGGUAACGUCGGUUCUAUGAUCUCCAACAUGAAUGCUGCCAGGGCAGAGUUUCAAGCAAAGAUUGAUGCUAUCAAGCAGUAUAUGCACUUUCGGAACGUAAGUAAAGACAUGGAAAAAAGGGUUAUAAAGUGGUUUGACUAUCUGUGGACAAACAAAAAGGCUGUGGAUGAAAGGGAAGUCUUGAAGUACCUGCCAGACAAACUAAGAGCAGAGAUUGCAAUCAACGUUCACCUUGAAACACUAAAAAAGGUUCGGAUUUUUGCAGACUGUGAAGCUGGUCUGCUGGUUGAACUAGUUUUGAAACUCCAGCCACAAGUAUACAGUCCUGGGGAUUAUAUUUGCAGAAAAGGAGAUAUCGGACGAGAAAUGUACAUUAUCAAAGAAGGCAAACUUGCAGUAGUCGCUGAUGAUGGAAUUACACAAUUUGUGGUCCUAAGUGAUGGCAGCUAUUUUGGAGAAAUCAGUAUUCUUAAUAUCAAAGGUAGCAAAGCUGGCAAUCGAAGAACAGCCAAUAUUAGAAGUAUUGGAUACUCAGAUUUGUUCUGUUUGUCUAAAGAUGACCUCAUGGAGGCUUUAACAGAGUAUCCAGAUGCAAAGGCAAUGCUAGAAGAAAAAGGCAAGCAAAUCCUAAUGAAAGAUGGGUUGCUGGACAUUGAACUUGCAAAUUUAGGAAGUGAUCCUAAAGAUCUGGAAGAGAAGGUUGCUUACAUGGAAGGAUCAAUGGACAGAUUACAAACAAAGUUUGCCAGAUUGUUGGCUGAGUACGAUGCUGCACAACAGAAACUGAAGAAAAGACUUACACAAAUCGAGAAAAUAUUGAAGCCAGUUAUAGAGCAAGAAUUUGCAGACUUGGAAGAACUAGAUCCAUCUGCAGAUAAACCUGGAGCGUCAAAAGCAGAAUAAAAACCUAGAGGUUGCCUGUAAGACUUAGGUUCAAUCUUGAAUGGGGCUGAAUACAUUCAUUUCUAAUCUUGUAGGACCUGACAAUCGCUUAUGAAAAAUGAUUUGUUGAAGUAAUGUCACUAUUUCCCUACAAGCAACACAUAUGUGUCAGGUUUAGGAAAGAAAAAGAAGAAACAAGAAUGGGGAUGGAACAUAACACCUUCCUCUUUACACAAUACCAUUGUACAGCAAAUGCAUUCUAUCUGUGCAUGAAUAGGGAAGGUUUUGCUGACCAUUUAAAAAUAAUUUCUUCAUGUCCAUUUAUGCAAGGAAGGAAGGAAAAGUUUGGUAACAAUUGUAUUAAUUAUUUGAA